CAAAAUAUAUCGCGACAUAUUUGUUAUAUCAUCAUCGCUAAAAUUGCCCAGAAUAAUCAUUAAACUUCAAACCAACAGUUGAUACUUGACUAACGAUAGGGAGAAAAGUGUAGAGAUGGGUUCAAAACCUAAUUCAGCACUAAAGGUGGUCUUUGGCGCCAUGACCAUUGGUGAUAAAGGCGCCACUCAAGCCCGCGUCCAUACCUUGGAGGAAACCGCCGAGAUUCUCGAUGUGUUUCAGCAAUUUGGUCAUUCUGAGAUCGACACUGCCCGAGUCUAUGGCGGAGGCAGCUCUGAGAGAUUUCUUGGUCAGUCAGAAUGGCAAAAGAGAGGUAUUGUCAUGGAUACAAAGCUAUCGCCAACCAAUGGCCAAUACAAUCACCAACCUGCUGGUGUUCGGCAAGGCUUGUUGGACAGUCUAAAGGCUCUCGGAGCCGAAAAGGUUGACAUGUGGUACUUACAUGCACCUGAUCACGAUACCCCAUACGAGGAUACUCUCCGUGAAGUCAACAAGCUCUAUGAAGAAGGCUACUUCAAACGGUUCGGAAUCAGCAACUACUCUGCCUGGGAAACCGCUCAAAUCUGUGAAAUUUGUAUCCGUAAUGGAUGGAAGAAACCCGAUGUCUAUCAGGGCGUGUACAAUGGCCUUCAUCGAGCAGUGGAGCCAGAGCUGUUCCCCUGUCUUAGAAAUUACGGGAUCGCAUUUUACCAGUAUAAUCCACUGGCUGGGGGGAUUCUCACAGACAAGUAUAAGCUUGACUUCAAAGAACACGAAGAGGGUAGCCGCUUCGACCCCACGCGAGCACAGGGUGUCAAUUACCGAAGUAGAUACUGGAAUGAGACCUACUUCAAGGCCCUCGAUGUUGUCAGGCCAGUAGCUGCCAAGCUCGGGAUCCCUACCGCCGAGGCAGCCUUGAGAUGGUCUGUUCAUCACAGCUUGAUGAAGAAUGAGCAUGGUGACGCAGUCAUCAUUGGAGCAAGCAGCGCCCAACAACUGAAGGAGAAUCUGACAAACUUGGAAAAGGGGCCGUUGCCGGAUGAGCUGGUUGCAGCGUUUGACGAAGGAUGGGCUGUGGCUAAAUCAGUUUGCAGACCGUACUUUCGCUAAGGAACAGCACUGGCAUUGUAUCCUCUUAGGGCUAGAGUGGAAUCCUUUGUUCAAUACACAGGAAUCCAUAGUCAAAUAUUUUUGUAAUGCAAUGAGAUAAAAGGCGCCGCUUAUUAGAAAGUGAGGCUGGUGUCGCCGAUUAUAUCACAUAUUAGUAGUCCAAUGUAUGCAGCCAGUCAGAAUGAGGAUUUAUUUCUGCCG